CUGUUCUCGUUCGCGUGAGUGCGUGUUUUUCGCCUUCUCUACGUUUCUAGCGACAUUGUGGUGCGUGGCUGUGAUUUCGGAAUCUUACAGAAAAAAAAAAAAAGAUAAAACCUGACAAACUUCGGAGGAAUUCUAAAGUGAUUCAGCUUCGCAUCGACAGUGUAAAGUUUUGAGUGUUUCACCUUUGUGAACGACAUCGAAAAGUGUGCACACGAUUAUUGAAAUCGGAGAGAGCUCAAAAAAGUUUGAGCCAGCCUUGGCGCUCGGGCACGAGUGUUGGAAGUGCGUGACCCGUUGACCUCUUUCUUCAUCGUUCUCUUUGAUUCAUUUGAUUGCAAGUGAUCUCCCGCCGAGUUUGGCGUCAAAUCGACACGAAUAGACAAUGUGACAUUCCCUGGGCGUGACACGAAACUCUCAGCCGAAAAAACUCCCAUUCCAUGCGCAAACAAAGGGACCACGUUGCCAUGUACGACAUGAAGGUCAAGACGCCGCCGAUGGCCAACAAGCGGCGAUCGUGGACUGGCCGGCUCAAGGAUCGUUUUAAAUCAUCUACUGGCCAGUAUGGGACUGUCGUCGUGUCGAACGGCGUCGAGUCUCACAUGGCCGCACCUGGUGAUGACUGGACGAGCGCUUGGGUGACCCAUCCGCACCUACAGGAAGGACAUCACGCGCCUUCGGUCCCGUCCCUCCAGGGAAGUGUUUUCGUGGCCGCCAAUUUUGUUUAUGACUACCGACAGAAAUACGGAUUGGAUCCGGCCAAUGGAUGGAUGGCCACUCCGGCUGUUGGGUCCAUCGCUAUACGGCGGACUACCGAUUGGUCGACAACCAGAGGCUUGUACCCAGUCAGAACGUCGCCCGUUUUUCGCGCUGCCGAUCCGUCGAUAGAUCCCGUCGUGAAGAACGAAAGAAAAACGAGCGUCAAAAUGGCGGCCGACAACUACGGCGCAUUCGAGUUCAGAGCGGCCGACGUCAAUCAAAACAUCCGCCAGAUGCGUGAGAACAAACAGCAGAAAUUAUCCAUCAGCCAAACGGCUCCGUCGGUCCCGACUUCACCACAGCCGCAACUCCAUCCGUCGGAUGACGACGAUACCAACGGCGAAGAGAGCGACGAGAGCGAUGAAUCUCAUCCGCAAACGACGGUGGCUGUCGAUCGACCCGGAUUGAUCGUCAGCGGUCAGCGCAUUUGCAUUCUAACCGGCCAGGAUUCGCCGACGGCCAUCCAUGCUGAGAAAGUCAGCCUCAAGGUAGAAUUCCAAAGGAACUGUCCGCUCCGCAGGAGUCUGAGCGAUCGUGCCAGGCCUAAAAUGGCCGCACCGGCCAGCUUCCACGACACUACCCGUCUGACGCAAAGGACCCGAUCCAGGGGAUCGUUGCACGAUCUGUUCGGCAUAUCGCCACCUACGGAACCGCUGCAGAUUACGAUCCCUGCCCCAGCAUCGACCCCGGUAUCGCCGGCACCGCAAUCUCCUGGCAACCGGCGGAAAACGAUCGUCCGACCGACCGAACCGCCGCCACCUCCACCGCCGCCGCCUCCUCCUCCGCCCAAUGGAUUGUGCAUCGCCAUCAGCGCGAACGAGGGGGGUAAAGAGACGCCACCGGUGGCCCCACCGCGCCGAAUUUAUCGCCAUUCGAAAACGGAUAGCGACAGUUUGCCUCGGGACUUAUCAGCCAAGCCUUGCAACGACCCGCCAUCAGUUCCUGUCACUCCGACAUUAGAUCUCUCCCCAGGCAUAACAUCGUGGGCUGGACGGCCUCUCAUUGGACAGAUGGUCAGUUGGACGGCCUGGUCUGGCCAUCAACAUCAUCAGCAAGAGGCCGAAGCGGCGGCGGAAGCGUUUGAAACGGUCAAGGAGGAAAAACUGGCCACGAAAACACGGACGCCUCCUGCCACGGUCACAACGCGUCCGGAGCCGGCCGGCGACGAGCCUAAACGUCGGCCGGUCUCGCGAUUGUGGCCGUCUUUUUCGUCCAUCGGUCGCGACAGAUCGGCCAGUCGAGUACAGGCCGAUCCGCCGACGUUGCUGCCUCCGCCAGCAGAGGAGGAGCACAUCUACGAGGAGAUUGACGACAUUAAGGAGCGCGGCAGGGGAUUCAGCCGGGCCGGACGCGGCGGCUCGUUCGCUGGAGCUAGUCGACAGGAUAUUUUGCGCUACCUUGAAGAAUUGCGUAAGAAACACCCGACGGGCAUCAUUUCGGUUGAGGCCGAACAGCGUGAACGCAAGCGUCCGAACAGCCCCAGCCCCGUCAGUCCGAUGACGCCCAGUUUGCCUCAACUGAUUCCGGCCGAUGAGGACGAAGACGACGAGAUGGGCGCCCUCCUGUUGGCCAUGCGCCACAACGCGCCGAACCGCAACAGCAAUCGGAGUACGCAGUCCAGCACCAGCACGCAAUCCAGCAGCCAAGAAAGCGCUCUAUCACUUCCGGGAAUCACGCCAGCGUCUUCAACAGGCGGUUACCAGAAUGGCAGCAGCGGCGGAGGAGAGAUCGAGCGGAACGACUCGGGCGUUGGUUCCGAAACGUCGGGUACGGCGCAGAGGUUAAGGCGGAUGCGCCGUUUGAAUAAAUCGACGCAUUACCAUCAACUGGAAGGAUCGACGACAGUCAUCCCGAGCCAAGAAGAUCCAGCCGCCAUCCCGUGGUGUGUCGAUUGCGACCAGCCGAUGGAGUCCGAUCAAGAAGAGCGCGACAGUUUGGUGUGUCACCGGUGCGCCCGUCGUCGCUGCGAACGGCGCGAAGUGCUGGCCGAACUGCUGGAGACGGAAGUUCGCUACGGUCGUGACUUGCGCGUCCUUCAGGACGAAUUAUACAAGCCCUUACUAGUCGCCGGCCUUGUUCCUCUACGCCAAUUAGAUGCCGUGUUCCUGAACGUGUCCGAAUUGAGUGGCCAGAGCCAAAGGUUUGGCCAGCGACUACGAGAGGCGGUCGAGAUCGCGCUGGAACAGGGCGACGAAGACCUGCUGACCGUAGACGUCGCUCGCCUCUUCCUCGACAAAGAAACGGAAGAAAUGAUGGACGCCUUUCGUCGCUACUGCGUCCGCUCCGGUGAGGCCUCGCUGUUGCUAUCGUCACUAGAAAAGGAACGCGAAUUGUUGCGCAUUUUUCUGCGGGCAUCGCAGUUGGAGAAUCCGGCUCUCAGACGGAUGGAUCUUCACGCUUUCCUAAUGGUUCCGGUGCAAAGGAUCACGAAAUACCCUUUACUAUUAGGACGUCUUCUACGUGCCACUGCCCAGCAGGACGUUGAAAUGCGCGAAGCUUUGCGAGAAGCGCAGGCUAAAGUGGAAUCCUACCUGACGGCCAUCAAUGCGGAGGCCAAAGAACUCGGAACUGUUUCCCGACCGUGGCGACGUGGUUAUUCGGUGCCCAAUCUCAACGCCAAUUCAACAGCCAACACUAGCACUAUUCAGCGUCCAUCCGGCGAAGAGUUGAUGAACCUUCGGUUACGCAAGAUGGCGAUGGAUUGCCUCGGUUGGUCGGACAACGCCGCUGCCCAAUUGGUAAUGGAAGGCUACGUGAAAUUGACGCAACCGGGCGAACUGCUCCUGACCACGACGCGCAGUCGAGGACGGACCCUGAAAUGGCAGAACGUCUGGAUGGGCCUCGUCACUCUCAACCACCAAGACAAUAAGACGUCCGUCUACGAGCUGGCCGGAGAAACCGAUAACCCUCCAGUGGCGUUCAACGCCAAACCAGCCGUCCAAGAAGCCGCAGUUGUGCUCAUAAAAGACGUCAAAAAUGCGAGACCUGGACCAUCUAUUUAUAGGGAUCCACUAAUGCUGUCGCACUGCACCAUCAGCAGCGAAGCGGACGAACUGCCCAACUUCUUCGAGAUCCACCACAUCGUCACCAAAGAGUCGUUCAUCUGCCAGACGGUCGAUGCCGGCCAAACCCAGCAGUGGCUGCACAGGUUGCGGGUCCUCAGCUUGGGUCUGGGCCGUUGGAAACAGCGCCGGAACGCCUUACCUCACGUCAUGAUGAUCAACUGACGAGACAAUUUUUCUAUUCUAGAUCAUUCCUCCCAAUUAACAAUGGACCCCCUUCUUGUAAUAUUUGCUACGUGGAGCUUAUAUAUUAUAUAUAAAACAUAAGUUUGACCCUACCUACACUUGUACCAUAUUCGACAAAAUAUAUAUUAAGCAACUUGGAUCACCACAAAA